AUGAGAGCACAAAUGUCAGCAACCCUUUUCCGCUGGGGUGCGGCCCCCUCACGGACGCACGUGCGCACGCACGCAGGCAGAGACGAUGGCACAGUUGUAAUUGCACAGGAAGGGUGCUCCCACCCCCCCCCCCCCCUGCGCGCUCCCCUUAAGUUCCCAUGGCCCGGAGCAGCGGUGUCACUCGCUCGUCGACCAUGGCUCUCGCCGCCGCCGCCGCGGCCGUCGACGCGAUCGUCCUCGGGCUGGUCCUGGCGACGUGCCACCUCUGCCUGGCGCAACCCCCACGCGAGGCGGCCCUGUGCUCGGGCGACGCCUGCUACAGCGUGCACGCGGGCGCCAACAUCAGUUUCGAGGCCUCGCAGCGGCGGUGCCGGGCGAACGGAGGCCACCUGACCACGGUGCAGAGCGAGGGCGAGGCUGCGCUGCUCGAGCGGCUGGUGAGCAGCGUGCGCGGGGUGGCGCACGCCAACGUGUGGAUCGGCCUGAGGAAGAAGAGGAAGCAGUGCUCCGAUGUCAAGCUGCCGCAGCGUGCCUUCGCGUGGGAGAGCGGCGAUCAGGCCACGGGGUUCAGCAACUGGUUCAAGUUGGACAGGCAUUCGUGCGUGCAGGAGCUGUGCGUGUACGCGGCCGACGGCCUCAAGUGGAAGGUGAGGGAAUGCGCCAGCCACCGGAACGUCGGCUACGCGUGCAAGUACCGCUACGACGGGAUGUGCGGGCCGCUGGACGUGCUCGGGUCCGGCCGCGCCGAGUACGCGACGCCGUUCGGGGUCGCGCCGAGGUCGCCGAGGGAGCUGCCGCCCGGCUCGACGGCCACGGUCACGUGCGCCGACGGUGCUGCGACGCCGGAGCCGCGGAUGGCCACGUGCCGAGCGAAAGGCGUCGAAGGGUUCGCCUGGAGCCCGGACGUGUUCGCGUGCGGUGACGGCGCCGCUGCUGAGCACAAGGAGCUCGAGAUGAGCAAACCUACCGCGGGCGGGAACGACGGCAGCAAGGUUUUCGUCGACGACGACGACGACGAAGAAGACGACGACGAAGACGACGACGAUGACGCUGAUGGUGGCGAAGAUGCCGACACUAGCACCGGCGUGAAGGGGCUGAAUGAGCACGGCAAUACGGGCGACGAUCGCGACGCAGCCCCUGGCGACGAUUACGAUCCCCGCGGUGGCGACAGCGGCACGGGUGGCUCCUCGAAAAACGUGGCCAUUAUCGCGGUGGUCACUCUCGUCUUGGUGACGGUGAUCGUCGCGGUUCUGCUCGUUCUUCUGCUGAGAUUUUGCAACAAGCAGAGGAGCCACGGUGCCGCGAAGCACAAGGCCACCAAGAUCCCCGCCAGCAAGACGGAGAAGUGAGGUGCUGCAAACCGCCACUGUCGCCAGCCAAAACUCAGCAGGGGAAUCUGCUCUUGUGUCAAAUCGGAGACGGCGACGAGAUUGCGUUGCUUUCGCCUGCACCUUAUAAGAUCGACACCAUCAUCAGUCAUGGUCAGUCCACCGCUUGAUCAAGAUUCCCCCCCCCCCCCACCACCCCAGUUAGGAUGCUUUCCAUAUCUUGGCAGUCCCUCCAUCACUUGUCGACCAUCAUUCCUUCUGGCAACAUCGUCCCUUGAAUGGUGCCAUUAACCAACCUGCCUCCGUAUGUUCUCUACUCCACGCGUUGCUUUUCGUGUCUCCCAAAGUAAUUUCAAGCAUGCAUCUCGCCACUCUUCGUUGCGUCCUAUCCAUUUUUUUUGCCCAGUUUUAUUUUGCGAUCAUGGUGUUUCUGAAUUAUGCGGCACAGCAGGGUAGUACACACUGAUGAAACACUUUCUUCAUUCAACGAAUUGCUACGUUACUUGUCAUGAUCAAGUUAAGUAUCAGGUCGUGCAGUUAUAUAUGCCCAACUCCACAGUAACGGAAUUACGAGAGCGCUGCAGAAAUAUUUUACAUGGUGAUAAAAUGGUGUAAAUGUAUUUAAUUUGUUUUACUAAUUAUCUGUUCAAAUUGCACUCUCGGCGUCAUGAUAUAAGCCAACGUGUCCACUCAAAACUAGUUUCAGAAUCGUUGCAAUCACCCUGCG